AUGAGUGUAGACGAGUCAGUUGAGAGAAAUAGAAAAAAUAGAGGUGUAGUGAGAGCGGCAGUUACGAAUGUUAUUAAAACUGUGGAAGUAGAAUUUGCGAGGGAAGUACCGGAUAUUGAGGUCUUGCGGGAUGACCUGGAAAUUUUGAUUAAAAGAGAAGCGGAGCUACAGACGUUGGUUGAAAGACUUAAUGGGCAAAUUAAAUUGAUAGAAUUGGAAAAGGAGGUACAACAAGAAUUGGAAUAUAGUGAUUCGAUUAUUAGAUGCAAGGGUAAAAUCCAGAGAUUUAUUGAAAAAAUUAAGUAUAGUAGUGGGAAUGCGGCUGUACUUGCUCGACACGUUAAUAGUACAAAGUUGCCUAAAAUUGCUUUAGAUAUGUUUGAUGGUAAUAUUAAAAAAUUUCAGGAAUUUUGGCCAUCGUUUGAGGUGGCUGUGCAUGAUAAUGCUUCUUUAUCGAAGGUUGAAAAGUUUAAUUAUUUAAGAUCAUUAUUGAUGGGCGGUGCGGCUAGGGCAAUUUCUGGAUUAACUUUAACUAAUGAAAAUUAUGAUAAAGCAGUUGAGAUCCUAAAAGAUAAGUUUGGGCAGAGACAAGCCGUGAUCUCAGCUUAUAUGAACACGCUUUUAUCAUUACAGCCUGUUAGAAGGAUAAAUGACACCGCGGGGUUACGUAAUCUCUACGAUGAAAUUAACAACAGCAUAAGAAGUUUGGAGUCGUUGGAAAUUGAUAUAGAUUCUUACGGUAGCUUAUUGUAUCCGAUUCUAGAUAGAUGCAUACCUGUUGAAUUGAUGUUGUUGUUUAAUAGAAGUCGGGUUGAAAAGAAAAUAAGGGAGCCAGUGAUAUCCGAUUUGUUGAAUUUUUUGAAGGGAGAGAUAGAGGCACGCGAAAGAUCUUUUUUGGAACGUGCAGAGUUGUUGAUUCCUGUUACCAAAAGUAAUUUAUCCCCCUUUAAGAAAACCCAAUCUUCAUCCUUUAGUAGAGGUGUGUCUUCUGCGGCAACGUUAGGCGUAUCAAUAAGUAAAUUUUUCGAUUUUUGUCCGAAGGAAACCCAUAGAAAUGAAGAUUGUAAAUUAAGCGUGCAAGAUAAAUACAAGUCGCUUUAUGAUCAAUACAAGUGUAGGAGAUGUUUCCGUAAAGGUCAUAAGAAGUUUUGUUAUGUAAAAGGUAUAAAAUGUAAAACCUGUGGAUCACAAUCCCACUUGGAGUACUUGUGUGAAAGAGGUCAGAGACCAAGUAAAAGCGGUAGUGUUGGAGGAUCUUCCAAUGAGUCCAAAGACGUAGGUGUUAAUUCAUUGUUUCGAGAGUCAAUGAUCAAUACUGAAAAACGGCAUAAUAUCUAUUACCAAACAGCUAGAGCCGAUGUAGUGGGUUCAAAUAAAAUCGCUCGAGGGAUUAGAAUUUUAAUUGACAGCGGUUCCGAAGCUAGCUUUCUUUUAGAAAGUAUUGCAGAGGAAGUCGGAUUACCUACUGUGUCAGUUGAGAAACUUAAAAUUCACACUUUUGGGUCUCAAUCACCCCACUUGAGAGAAUUAAAGUGA